AUUUUUUUUCUUCGGAUAAGUUUUAGGAGACUUCCGUGUGCGUGCAAACAUGUCGCCGUUCAAGAGAAAACGUGCCGGCCAGGAUUCCGUUGAUUUCAAGCCGAAAAAAGGAAAACUAGUACCAGAUGAAGGCAAAGGCCUAGAGGAAGUGGGAAGAGAGAAGGAACAUGAGAUCACGGUGCCAGCACCGAUCUCUCAGGGCAAAUGGACCAACAAGGAAAGAGUUCUGAUUUUCUCCUCCAGAGGGAUCAACUUCAGAACCAGACACCUGAUGCAGGACCUGAGGACCAUGAUGCCUCAUGCAAAGGCAGACACAAAAAUGGACAGAAAGGAUAAGCUGUUUGUCAUAAACGAGGUUUGUGAGAUCAAAAACUGCAACAAGUGCCUCUAUUUUGAGGCCAAGAAGAAGCAGGACCUCUACAUGUGGAUUUCAAACAGCCCCCAUGGCCCUUCUGCAAAGUUCCUAGUCCAGAACAUUCACACACUGGCCGAACUCAAACUGACAGGAAACUGCCUCAAAGGAUCCAGGCCGCUGCUCUCGUUUGAUCCUAAAUUCGAUAAGGAGCCUCACUAUGCUUUACUGAAAGAGCUCUUCAUCCAGACCUUUUCCACCCCACGCUACCAUCCUAAGAGUCAGCCUUUUGUGGACCAUGUUUUCACCUUCACCAUUGCAGACAACAGGAUUUGGUUUCGAAACUACCAGAUCAUUGAGGAAGAUGGCUCUCUAGUGGAGAUUGGGCCUCGCUUUGUUCUUAACCUCAUGAAGAUCUUUCAGGGGAGCUUUGGGGGGCCUACGCUCUAUGAAAACCCAGACUUCCGUUCUCCUAACAUGCACCGGAGAGAGAUGCGACUGGCAGCGGCAGCCAAAGUGCGAGAGAAGCAGAUGGUAAAGGAGAUGCAGAAAGGAAAGAAGACGUCUGCGAAGGAGGACCUGGAAAGUGACGUUACAGCGGAUGUCUUCCUGACACCGGCUGAGGAAAAGCCCGCUGACAUUCAGACGGAAGCACCUGAGACGAAAGUGGUGAAGAAAAAACAAAAAGCUUUCAAAAGACAAAGGAUGCAGAUGGCACGCAGGUAACUGGAUGGACUGCAAUAAGCUGAGUGAAUGCUGCUGCCAUUAUUCAGUAAAAAUAUGGGAAUGUCACCACACAGUCAGGACUCAAGUACAGUGUUAGAAACAGUCCUUGGGAAAAUAUGCAUCAUGUUUUGUUGCCCCAGUUUAUGAACUCCUUUCUUCUUUUUCUGAUAAACAAGUUUUUCUUGAUGUAAUGUUUAUUGAGUUGGAGUAAAAACUCUUUUCUAUGUCAUAGAAAUAAAAUACCAACUUGA